UCUAGUCAUCGGGUUGGUUGUCAUGACGAUUGCGGAUGUUCUCUCCUACUCCAUCUGUAACCAAGUCUUCCGUAAAGAGGAUGCCGUCCAGACCUGGACCGUUGUCAUGAUGCUGCAAGGAGUAGGUUUCAUGGUGGGAGCCGUCUUUGGUGAAAGUAUUGACAAAACCGGAUCGUAUAACGAAGCCAUAUAUACAAGCAUGGGAAUGUAUGCGGUAUGCGCUGUGCUCUGUAUAGCCGUUCCUCUUUACCAAAAACUUUUUGCUCGUCAUCGCUUCGUCAUGUUUGACCACCAGGCCAAGUGUCGACGUUUAAAGACGGCGACGGCGACGACGAUGACGACGACGACGGUAGCCGAGGUGAAGACGGCAUGACCGUCCAACUAAUUUUCAAAGAUUAUCUUCAGUGCUGGUACUAAUGGAAAACAACAUUUUGAAUAUUCAAACCAAAUUUUACCUGAUUUGUAAGACUACGGGUAAACGAUGUGAAAGUGUCGUGGUACAGUGGUUCAUUCACUUGACUUUCACUCAUAAAGUUCGGGUUCGAAUCUCAGCUCAGCACUAAUGUCCUUCUGCAAGACAUGAGUCCACAUUUGCCACUCUCCAACUAGGUGUAAACGGGUAAAUUCCCGAUUUGCCAGAGCGUUACUGUCUUAUUUGACCACCGGCUAUGACCGGCCGAAAAUUAAUUGGUGAUUAAUUUGGGUGCCAAGAGCGUCACGGCGUGACGAACAUGUGCGCAAUCCAUUAAUAAUCCAAUGAUAAACGAUAUUGGUAGAAAGGGUACCAAAGUGGAGAUAUAAGAAAAUAUAUGAGUAGAAAAAAGUCUUAUUCUUCCAGAGCACUCCUAGUCUAACGACAAAGUGGUUACAUGCAGUGUAAGUGAUACUAAAAAAAAAAAUUAAAAAAAAAAAAAUCGUUUAAUAGUAAUAGUAAUCAUGUUUAUCAUGACGACGAUGAUCAUGGUAAUGAUGCUGACGGUAAUAAUGCUAGUGAUGUUAAUAGUGGUAAUAAUAAUGAUGCUAGUGAUAAUGGUGGUGAUGCUAGUGAUGAUGAUGAUAAUAAUGAUGAUGAUGAUGAUAAUAAUGAUGAACAUGGUAAAUGUAAUGAUGGUCACUGUAAUCAUGUUUAUCAUGACGAUGAUGAUCAUGGUAAUGAUGCUGACGGUAAUAAUGCUAGUGAUGUUAAUAGUGGUAAUGAUAAUGAUGCUAGUGAUAAUGGUGGUGAUGCUAGUGAUGAUGAUGAUAAUAAUGAUGAUGAUGAUGAUAAUAAUGAUGAACAUGGUACAUGUAAUGAUGGUCACUGUAAUCAUGUUUAUCAUGACGAUGAUGAUCAUGGUAAUGAUGCUGACGGUAAUAAUGCUAGUGAUGUUAAUAGUGGUAAUGAUAAUGAUGCUAGUGAUAAUGGUGGUGAUGCUAGUGAUGAUGAUGAUAAUAAUGAUGAUGAUGAUGAUAAUAAUGAUGAACAUGGUACAUGUAAUGAUGGUCACAAUAAUCAUGUUUAUCAUGACGAUGAUGAUCAUGGUAAUGAUGCUGACGGUAAUAAUGCUAGUGAUGAUAACCAUGGUAAUGAUAACGGUGAUAGUGAUUUUGAUGAGGAGGAGGAGGAUGAUAAUGACGACGAUGACGGUGAUACAACCAAACGAGAUUCUUUCGAAACGUAUAUCAAUUCUGAGAAUUUAAGUUUAACUUUAAAUUAUCGUAUUAAACUAUCAUAAAGACUUUCGAGAAAUCAAAUCAAGGGGGCAUUAAAUACCCAAUUUAUUGUACAUCCCAUAUAACUUGUGUUUAAGUGGCAUGU